UCUUCCUCCCUCCGUCAGCAGGUUCAUCAGAUCCGUUUAUUUAUUGUUACCCCCCCUUCUCUUUCUCUCCUCUCUGCACCCGGAUCAACCUGCCAGCCUUCCCCCCGCCGAGAACCCGCUCCUAGAGGCGGGGGAGGAGGAGGAUGGAGGACCGGAGCCGGUCUGCAGUCAGCCGGGGAAGAUUUAAUGCAGCGGCGGCCAAUUAACAGCCGAUAAUAUUCCCAUAACAUCCCCGUAACGUUACUGCAGGGUCUCUCAGGGCGUCUGCGGCCCCGCGCGUCGGGGGCUCGUUCUUCUUCUUCUUCAUGGCUUCGGUGGCUGCAGGUUUCUGGGGUUCAGCUGCUUGCUGCUCGCACUCCAAACUCUCCCGAGCCGGCAGUCUGAAACUGCGACGAGGCCGCUCGCCGCUGUCCAUGUCGUCCGGACGGAGGUGUUCGGGAGUGUCCGGUCUCGGGGGCGGAGCCGUGUCCCCGGGGCCCGUGGUGGCGGAGGUGUUGGAGGGAGCCGGAGAGGCCAACAGGGAGCUUUUCGAGGCCUGUCGGAGCGGAGACCUGGAGCGAGUUCGUAAACUGGUGACGGCGGAGAACGUGAACAGCCGGGACACAGCGGGGAGGAAGUCCACACCGCUGCACUUUGCUGCAGGUUUCGGUCGUAAAGACGUGGUGGACUUCCUCCUCCAGAGAGGAGCCAACGUCCACGCCAGGGACGACGGAGGGCUGAUAUCCCUCCACAACGCCUGCUCCUUCGGCCACGCUGAGGUGGUGAGCUUGUUGCUCCAUCACGGGGCGGACGCAAACGCCAGAGACAACUGGAACUACACUCCGCUUCACGAGGCUGCUAUUAAGGGCAAGAUCGACGUGUGUAUAGUGUUGUUGCAGCACGGUGCCGAGCCGACCAUCAGGAACACAGACGGUCGAACCGCUCUGGAUCUGGCAGAACCGUCCGCCAAAGCAGUACUGACCGGUGAAUACAGAAAAGAUGAUCUUCUGGAAAGUGCGAGGAGCGGCAACGAGGAGAAGCUGAAGGCUCUGCUGACGCCGCUCAACGUCAACUGUCACGCCAGCGAUGGACGGAAAUCGACACCGUUACACCUGGCGGCGGGAUACAACCGCGUCAAGACGGUCCAGCUGUUGCUGCAGCACGGCGCUGAUGUGCACGCCAAGGACAAGGGGGAUCUGGUUCCUCUUCAUAACGCCUGCUCAUACGGUCACUAUGAAGUCACGGAGCUGCUGGUGAAGCAUGGAGCUUGUGUUAACGCCAUGGACCUGUGGCAGUUCACUCCUCUUCAUGAGGCUGCUUCCAAGAAUCGUACUGAGGUGUGUUCCCUCCUGCUGAGCUACGGCGCCGACCCAAACUUCCUCAACUGCCACAACAAAAGCUCCAUCGACCUCGCUCCCACCUCGCAGCUGAAAGAACGACUCGCCUAUGAGUUCAGAGGUCACAGUCUGCUCCAGGCGGCCAGAGAGGCCGACGUGGUUCGAGUGAAGAAACAUCUGAGUCUGGAGACGAUCAGCUUCAAACACCCACAGACCCAGGAGACCGCACUGCAUUGUGCGUCGGCCUCUCCGUACCCGAAGAGGAAGCAGGUGUGUGAACUCCUGCUGAGGAAGGGCGCCAACGUCAACGAGAAGACUAAAGACCUGCAGACCGCCCUCCACCUGGCGUCGGAGAAGGCCCACAGCGACGUCAUCGAGGUGUUGGUCAAACACGAGGCAAAGGUGAACGCGGUCGAUCACCUCGGUCAGACGCCGCUGCAUCGAGCCGCUCGCUGCGGACACCUGCAGACCUGCAGACAGCUGCUGAGCGCCGGCUGCGACCCGCUGCUCACGUCGCUGCAGGGACUCUCGGCCUCACAGAUGGGAAACGACGGCAUGCAGGAGAUGCUGCGAGGCGCGGCGGUGAUCGCAGAAGCAGUUCUGAUCGGGAACUCUGAAGUCGACCGACAGCUGCUGGAAGCCUCCAAAUCAGGAGAUCUGGAAACUGUCAAGAAACUUUGCACGGUGCAGAACGUGAACUGCAGGGACGUGGAGGGUCGACAGUCAACGCCGCUGCACUUCGCCGCCGGCUACAACCGGCUGGCUGUGGUCCAGUUCCUGCUGCAGCACGGAGCCGACGUACAUGCCAAGGAUAAAGGAGGUCUGGUUCCUCUCCAUAACGCCUGUUCGUACGGUCACUAUGAGGUCGCAGAGCUGUUGGUGCUUCACGGCGCCGUGGUCAACGUGGCCGACCUCUGGAAGUUCACUCCGCUGCACGAAGCUGCCGCCAAGGGCAAAUAUGACAUCUGUAAACUCCUGCUGCAGCACGGCGCCGACCCGACCCGGAAGAACCGGGACGGUAACACUCCUCUGGAUCUGGUGAAGGACGCCGACACGGACAUCCAGGACCUGCUGCGGGGCGACGCCGCCCUGCUGGACGCCGCCAAGAAGGGCUGCCUGGCUCGAGUGAAGAAACUCUGCACGCAGGACAACGUCAACUGUAGAGACACACAAGGGAGACACUCGACGCCGCUGCACCUCGCCGCGGGCUACAACAACCUGGAGGUGGCAGAGUAUCUGCUGCAGCACGGAGCUGAAGUCAACUCUCAGGAUAAAGGAGGACUGAUCCCUCUGCACAACGCUGCCUCCUACGGGCACGUGGACGUGGCGGCGCUGCUCAUCAAGUACGACGCCUGCGUCAACGCCACCGAUAAGUGGGCGUUCACUCCGCUCCACGAGGCCGCUCAGAAGGGCCGCACCCAGCUGUGCGCCCUCCUAUUGGCUCACGGCGCCGACCCCGCCCUCCAAAACCAGGAAGGACACUCGCCGCUGGAUCUGGUCACGGCUGAUGAUGUUCGGGCUUUGCUAACAGCAGCCAUGCCUCCCUCUGCGCUCCCCAGCUGUUAUAAACCUCAGGUCAUCAGCGUGCCGGCGUCGGCGUCUGGUUCUCAGCCCGUCGCCGUGGUCCCACCCCUCCUCUCCUCCUCCUCCUCCUCCUCCUCUUCCUCUUCUUCCUGCCCUGCCCCUCCUCUCCUCCCCUCUUCCUCCACUUCCUCCUCCUCCUCCUCCUCCUCCUCUGGGCUUGUUGCCACCACAGCAGCAGCUACGACCAUCAGCGACACCACCGCUGCUAAUGCUUCAAACUCCUCGUCUUCAUCUUCCUCAGAGUUUCCUGAGAUGUCGGCGCUGCUGUUGGCUGCUGAGAGGUCGCUGGGCGCUGAGAGGAAAGAGGAAGGAGUUGAGCUCCGUAUCUGUCAGUUCUUUAAGAACGUGGGACUGGAGCAUCUUCUGGACAUCUUCGACAGAGAGCAGAUCACUCUGGACGUGCUGGUGGAGAUGGGUCACCGCGAGCUGAAGGAUAUCGGCAUCAACGCCUACGGACACCGACACAAGAUCAUCAAAGGAGUGGAGAGGCUCAUCAGCGGGCCGCAGAGUCUGAACCCGUAUCUGACGUUAAAUACAGCCAACAGCGGCACGAUGCUGAUCGACCUCGCAGCUGACGACAAAGAGUUCCAGUCAGUAGAAGAAGAGAUGCAGAGUACGAUCCGAGAGCACCGAGACGGCGGCCAUGCUGGAGGAGUCUUCAACAGAUACAACCUGGUCAAGAUCCAGAAGGUUUGCAACAAGAAGCUUUGGGAGCGGUACACCCACCGCAGGAAGGAAGUAUCCGAGGAAAACCACAACCACUCCAACGAACGGAUGCUCUUCCACGGCUCCCCGUUCGUCAACGCCAUCAUCCAUAAAGGUUUUGACGAGCGUCACGCCUACAUCGGCGGGAUGUUCGGCGCUGGGAUCUACUUCGCCGAGAACUCCUCAAAGAGCAACCAGUACGUUUACGGGAUCGGAGGAGGGACGGGCUGCCCGCUGCACAAAGACCGCUCCUGCUACGUCUGCCACAGGCACCUGUUGUUCUGCAGGGUGACUCUGGGUAAAUCCUUCCUGCAGUUCAGUGCCAUGAAGAUGGCCCACUCGCCGCCGGGUCACCACUCAGUCACCGGCAGACCGAGCGUUAACGGCCUGGCGUUGGCCGAAUACGUCAUCUACAGAGGAGAGCAGGCCUAUCCAGAGUACCUGAUCACCUACCAGAUCAUGAAGCCUGAAGCAGACGGAUGAGGAGGAAGAGGACGAUGAAGAAAGUGAAGAGGACAUUACAAAGAAAUGCAGAAGAAGAGUGCUCAUCGUAGUUCAUCAGUUGAGCGUUUGCUUUACUAACUGCAUGCACAAAGACAAACUUUAUUUAUACAAUGUAUAAAAACAUGUAGGUUUUUAAUCAGAUGCCUGUUUUUUGCUGUUUUUUCUAUUGUUUGUUUUUUGCACUUUAUUAACCAUGAUGUGUGAUGUGAUGUGACUGUUUGAUUUUGUCCUUUUGUCACUAUAACAGUAUCGUCCAGUGAUUCAGGGUUACAGCACUUCUAGAGAGGAUGAGUCAGUUUCAUCGCAUCGGUGUCGAAGCUCUUGGCUUAAGUUUAAACCUAAAAAAAAUAUUAAAUGGGACAAUAAUGUGAAAUUUUCAGAGAAAGAAACCUUGUUUUCAGUUGGACCACCAUGCCUUUUUAUUUAAUUUACCCCAAAAGCUUUUAAAGUAUUUUUAUUUCAAGGAUGACAGUUUUUUUGUUCCAUACAGAAGCUAAUUUGACAAGAAAAUGAUCAAAAUUGCAGUUAGAUGUUUUCCAAGUCGGCAGUUGCUCUCCACAGCAUAAACCGUCUUUGCAAAAUGUUGUUUUGAUGAUGAACGCUGAUGCUUGCUGUUCAGCAGGAGACACUCGGAUGUUGCUGACAAUGAUUCAUCCUCUCUGAAGAGCGAACGCUUGCUCAGUCUCUCCUGACAAACAUUUCCAAAAACAACUCUAUGUGUUGCCUGGCAACACCCUAACGAGGUGAAGUAUUACUUGUAUUUUACAAAGAUGUUGUGUAUACAUAUUUUUUGUACAAGCAUGUUAGUUUAUUAACAUUUAUAAUGUGGAAAAAUAUCUCUUUACUUGGGUUUUGAGGCAGGUUGAAGAGCUGAUUUACUCUGCAGGAGUCUGGUUCAAGUCAUGUCUGAAUCAGCCUCAAUGAAAUGCAGCCUCUGAUUGGGUAAUAUUGUGAUGAUCAGCCAAUUACACAACACAAGAAAGCCUGAAUAUGUUUACCAUUAGCUUAGAAAGCUUACAAACGCACAAACAUGGUUUUUCCACUGCAAAGGGAAACCAUCUACUGUACCAAGAUUGCACCAGUACGCAGCUUCAGUUAAGGAUUAGCUUGUUAGCAGGACGAUAAAAAUAAAGACAGAAACACUUUCUGUGUCUCAAAUCGCGUAUUUCUGUACUUACACUUAACAUUAUGAGUGUGUUCACACUGAGAAGUAUGGGAAAAUGCACUCAAAAUUUGAGUGUGGAACUAUGGACAAUUCUCACCCUCAAUGGCCGCCAUCUUGGCUGCAUAGCGGAAGGGGAGGGACCACUUUUCUGGAAAUGGCGGCCAAGGACGUUGUAACUAUACAUGUUUUUUAGCACUGAGCACCACUAUACUGUUGUCAGAUAUAAGCCAUCAGUAUGUUUAUUGUGUUAAUUUAGCAGUCUGUAAUGAUUUAGUGGCGCAAACAAUAACCCAAAUGCUAACGCUAGCUAAUGCGAAUUUGCGAUCGUCAUUUCUGGCAAAUCUACAACGACCAUGUUUGAUUUGAGACAACACUACCCUGUCAAAAUUCACACACUACGUGAGUAAGUACGUAGUGUACACAGUGUACUACAUGAAAGUAUACUAACGGAAGUAUGUGAUUUGAGACACAGCUUUAGUUUUGUGCGUUAGCUUACACGUUAUGCUAGUAGAAAGUAUCAAAUUCCGUUAGCUAGAAACUAGCAGCAAUGGCUCAUACGGUUCACAGUUUUCCUGUCUAAAUGAAGUUAAAGAGCUGUCACAGGCAGAGAUCUUGCAUACUAGUAAACACUAAAAAAUGUGAUCCAACUGUUAAGUAGUAAUUUUGUCCAACUAUCCAGUAUUGGUGCAGCGUGGUGACCGUGCAGUAGCAAGGCUGGAAAACAAACACGCUGCCUGUGGUUUUCUUCCUACAUUCUCACUUUUAAACCAACAAAGGAGGAAAAACAAAAAUGAAUGUCACAUAUGUAAAUCUGCUCUGACUGUUCUACUGUUGAGUUCUUCUCCUGUCGUCUGUAAUGUGAAGUUAAUGGACACUAACGGGGACGUUUCGUGUCCUAAUGCAUGGUACUGUGGUGCUGUCUGUCUGUCUGUCUGUCUGUCCGCCUCCAAGCAAAUUAUAGGUUCCUCAUUUUGCAAAUCAGCAGCUGAAUGUGAAGAAUUUGAUUCCAAAAUAGGACAAUAAACAUUUACUCUACAAACUGAUUGAACAAAAUGGUGCUACUUAAAGGAUUUCAGGUCCUUCAAACUGUUAGAAUUGAUUAAAAAAAUGAAAAACAAACUUAAAGACAGAUGUUUUGUGGCAUUUUGGAAACAAACUCUUUACUCUGUUUCACACAUUAUUAAACCACAAGGUGCAUUGGACCACACUUUUAUUGCAUCUUGUAAAAAAAAACUUUCAAAACACUAAAUUUAAGAACUAGAAACUUCCUACUUUCCCCCCUUGUUAAAUAUAUACAAAUAACUUUUGGUGUUUUGUCAUGUUGAUAUUUGAUAGUGACGGUUUAUACAUUACAACAAGUUCACCUUGACUGGUUCAGAUGUGUGAAACAGUCCUGAGCUGUUUAAUCUGUUCUUCAGUGUCUAGUUUUUAAUUGGCAGAAUCAGGAUGCUGUCAGCUAAACAGCGGCAGACAUUUUGGAGAAAAUAAAUGACUUCUUAAUGAUUCCA